UGCCUUCCUUUACGAUUUUGGCUCCUACUCGCCUGUUGAGUCUGUCGUGGGUUCAACCGAGACCGAGAGCGACGAGGAGGACUUACUCGCCGGGUUGACUCGCCGCUUGGCUCGUUUCACUCUGCAAGAAAGAGCACAGAAAAUGGCCUCUGCUCCUCAAAAUCUCGAGAAGUCCUGGGUUUUGUCCGGUUCGCCUCAAUCGACGCUGAGCGCAUUCGAAAGCCCCAACGGCCCUUCACCGCCGACUACGCCGCCGGGUGGAAACAACGACUCUUGGGAUCUGAUUUACGAGGCCGCGGGACAAGUGGCGAGGUUGAAGAUGAACGAUGAAGGACCUCCCAAAGCCAGAGGCCUUCUCGGCCCUCCUUGGUCUCUCGCUCCACCGCCUCUGAAAAACAUCAACACCUCUUUCUAUGCCAAUCAGUGCCUCUCUCACAACCUCUCACAGUCCAAUCAUUUUGAGCAAGCGAGGCAUGACCAAAUGAUGAAACACCAGUGCUCUUCUUCGAUUUGGGGAAGACAAACCAGAGAGGGUUUGUUUUCACAGCAAAACCAGCUUCAGCAACAGAUGAUGGGUCCAAACAGAGGAGGGAGAGUUGUUAAUGGAGGUGGGUUCGAGAAUAAUAAUGGAAGAUAUGCGAGGCCACUGGGUAUGCCUCAGUCUGCAUGGCCUCCUUUGCAAGUUCAGCACAAGAACCACCAAGCCCAGCCCUCCCAACACGGUAGUUCCGGCAUGAGAGUUGUGUUUCUCGGCGGAUCUGGUGUGAAGAGGGAGUGCGCUGGCACCGGUGUGUUUUUACCUCGCAGAUAUGGAAACAACACUUCAGAGCCCCGGAAGAAGACAGGCUGUUCAACUGCUCUUCUUCCAGCUAGGGUCGUCCAGGCUCUCAACAAGAACUUCGACCACAUGUUGUUUUGAAGUAACAGUAUA